GCUGGGAAUCUCACCUCCCUUCCCUACCCACGGGGGUCCCUCCUCGCAAACCCCGCACGCCACUGGGGAGGUGCUUGCAACGGAUACAAACCCCCUGCCCGGCUGGGAACCCCCCUCGCUCUUCCCGGGCCAGACCCUUUCUAUGUGGAGCCCGUUUCAAUGGACGUGCCCCGGUGCGCCGCUGCUGCUGCUGCUUAGGCGAUCGGCAGGCUCCUAAAGGUUGACCAUGGUGGCCGCCAUCCGCUCCCUGCUAGCGCUGCUGCUGUACCAGGUGCUGCUGGGCGGCUCGGCCGGGCUCAUCCCGGAGGUGGGCCGGCGGCGGUUCAGCGACUCCGGCCGCGCAGCCCCGCAGGAGCUGCUGAGCGAGUUCGAGCUGCGCCUGCUCAACAUGUUCGGGCUGAAGCGGAGGCCGAGCCCCAGCAAGAACGCCGUCAUCCCGCCCUACAUGCUGGACCUGUACCGCCUGCAGGCGGGCCAGCAGCUGGGCCACUCCGCCCCGGGCUCCCCGCUGGAGAGAGCCGCCAGCCGCGCCAACACGGUCAGGAGCUUCCACCACGAAGAAGCUUGGGAAGAGCUCCCAGAAGCAAGUGGCAAAACAACACGGCGUUUCUUCUUCAAUUUAACUUCCAUCCCUAAUGAGGAGUUUCUCACCUCGGCUGAACUUCAGAUUUUUCGGGAGCAGGUGCAGGAAACCUUUGAGAACAAUAGCAGCUACCAUCACCGUAUUAAUAUUUAUGAAAUUAUAAAGCCAGCCACAGCCACUUCUAAGGACCCUGCCGCAAGACUUUUGGACACCAGGUUGGUGCAUCAGAAUGCAAGUAAAUGGGAAAGCUUUGAUGUAACACCAGCUGUAAUGAGGUGGAUUGCACAUAGACAGCCUAAUCAUGGGUUUAUAGUAGAGGUGGUUCACUUGGACAAUGAGAGCAGUGUUUCCAAGAGGCACGUUAGGAUUAGCAGAUCUUUGCAUCAGGAUGAAGAUAGCUGGUCUCAGCUCCGGCCGUUGUUAGUAACUUUCGGCCAUGAUGGCAAGGGACACCCUCUCCAUAAAAGAGAGAAACGCCAAGCGAAACACAAACAGCGCAAACGCCACAAAUCCAGUUGCAAAAGACAUCCUUUGUAUGUGGACUUCAAUGAUGUAGGGUGGAAUGACUGGAUUGUUGCCCCACCAGGAUAUGGUGCCUUUUACUGCCAUGGGGAAUGCCCUUUUCCAUUGGCAGAUCACCUAAACACCACAAACCACGCCAUUGUUCAGACUUUGGUCAAUUCCGUGAAUUCCAAAAUCCCUAAGGCUUGCUGUGUUCCGACGGAACUGAGUGCUAUUUCAAUGCUCUACCUUGAUGAGAAUGAAAAAGUUGUAUUAAAGAACUAUCAAGAUAUGGUUGUGGAGGGUUGUGGGUGCCGCUAAAUAUAUUAGACAAAUACAAAAAAAGCUGACACUUUAAUAUUUCCCAAUGAAGACUUUAUUUAUGUAAUGAAAUGGAAAGAAAAAAUACAACUAUUUUGAAAAUUAUAUUUAUGUCCACAAAAAGUUUGGGGAAAACAAAUAUUUUAAUCAGAGAAUUAUUCCUUUAAAGAUUUUAAAUGUAUUUUAGUUGUACAUUUUUAUAUGGGUUUAAUCCCAGCACAUGAAGUAUAAUGGUCAGAAUCUUAUUUUGUAUUUAUUUACUAUUAUAACCACUUUUUAGAAGAAUAGCUAAUUUGUAUUUAUAUGUAAUCAAAAGAAAAAUAUAGGGUUUGUACAUAAUUUUCCAAAAUUGUAGCUGUUUUAAUUGUGUGUAUUUAAAUUGAAAAGAAUACAUGGAAGGUUACUAUGGCAAAGUGCAUAGCACAUUUGCUUUCUGCUGUGCUACUGUUAAGGUCACAAGUUCAAGUCCAGAAAAAAGUGGAUAAUCCACUCUGCUGACUUUCAAGAUUAUUAUAUUGUACAAUUCUCAGGAAUGCUGCAGGGUGGGCUGUCCAAUCCAUGAGAACUGGCAUCCUCUUUAGGUGGAACAUUUGGAUAAGAACCAGACAUUGCUGAUCUAAAAUCCUGCUAUUCCCAACUCAUUUGCAGAGUGAAUACAAGCAGGGCCAAUAGAAAUCUUUAGGAAAAAAGGCUGAACUCUUCUUAGACCUACAGAACAGUUGAAUGUUUGUCAUUCUUCUUUUACUAGUCCUCUCAUUUAAAUCCUUAUCCUGGCCAAAUAUUAAAUAAUAAAAUAUUUAUUUCUUGUGUGUGGUGAUAUGCUAAAAAAAGAACAAUUUUAUUUCUUCUGGCCCUUGUCUAACAGUUGGGAAUACAAUUACUUUUUUCUUACCUCAAAUGAGAGCUCAUUUUAUGUGGAAUGCUAUAGAGAACUAAUCUUCAAACUUUACCCUAAGUACAGCAAACUAUUGUUAUCUGUAGGCUCUAUCUACUUCCAACUGCUGGUUUUGCUGACUCUGGAAGUAGUUUUGUCUUUCUUUCCAGGCUCUUUUUUUUUUUU